CACGACAGCCACGGUCCGAGCGCCACGGGACACUAUACACCUCUGAAAUAAUGGACGGGACGAAGCCAGCCAUGGAGUCCAACGCGGAGGAGAACCAGGACGAGGGACAGGAGAGCAAAGGAUGCUUCGAGUGCUGUAUCAAGUGUCUGGGCGGGGUGCCCUACGCCUCCCUGGUGGCCACCAUCUUGUGCUUCUCGGGGGUGGCUCUGUUCUGUGGCUGUGGACACGUGGCUCUGACCGGGACCCUCACCAUGCUGGAGACGCACUUCUCCAGAGUGUCCAGUGACCACGAGACCCUCGCCCUCGUAAUCCAGAUCUUUCAGUACAUCAUCUACGGCAUCGCGUCCUUCUUCUUCGUCUACGCCAUCGUCCUGCUCGCCGAGGGCUUCUACACCACCGCCGCCAUCAAGAAGGAACUGCAGAGCGACUUCAAGACCACUGUGUGCGGACGCUGCAUCACCGCCUUUUUCAUGUUCCUGACCUACAUCCUGUUCCUGGUGUUCCUGGCCAUCGUGGGCUUCACGGCGAUCCCCGUUUACCUGUUCUUCAACAUGUGGACCACCUGCGCCGCCAUGAAGAACCCCGACGCCAACAUCACCAACCCCGACGACAUCUGUGUGGAUGUCCGGCAGUACGGUUUCAUCCCGAUGAACGCCACGCCCGGGAAAGCGUGCGGAGCCACUCUGGGAGAGAUUUGUAACACUAGUGAGUUCUACCUGUCCUACCACCUGUACAUCGUGGCGUUGGCCGGAGCAGGGGCCACAGUCAUCUCUCUGAUCCACUACCUGAUGAUCCUGGCGGCUAACUGGGCGUACCUGAAGAGUGCGGUGUCCACACACGAGUACCAGGACAUCAAGACCAAGGACGACCAGGACAUCGAAGCCGAGGCGCGCUCCAAAGACGGCCAGAACUCCUCCUACUCGUAAAGGAGCGGCCCGCGGCACUGCCCUCAUCCCCCUCAUCCCCGCUCUCCUCACGCCCCCCUCACCCCCACCCCCGAUAAACGACCCCACAAACAACCCCACAAACAGCGGCCACGUUUGGAAGGGCCCCCUCGUGAUCCUCCGCUCCGCUCCCGCCCGCUCCGACACGGGAGAGGGGGAGGAGCACGGAGGGUCAGGACAGGGGCCGGACCAAGCACAGGCAGGCGCUUCAGAACACCAGAUAUUUGUACCGCGGUAUGGCAUGUGUAUCGUAGUACACAUGCGCCAUACGAAAAGUACGAGAGCGGUUCGAUCACAGGAGGAGGGAGAGUUCCGAAGCGUCGCCUCCGCCGCACCUGAGCCAGCACCGCCUCUGACUCACAGCUUGUAAGAAAAACAUUGAUCACUGUCUGCUCCAGCCACAGGAGGCCAGGCAGCGACCGGCAUCCUCUGUUUUUUUUGGUGUUUUAUAUGCAUAUACGCUACCGGUCAGAAGUUUGGACACGCCAUCUCAUUCAGCGUUUUUAUUUUUAUUUGUUUUUAUUACUUUCUACAUUUUAGACACACACAGAAGACAUCAAAUAUAUGAAGCGCUAUGAAGUAAAGUCAUACCUGGAUAGUUUUUCAAUAGAAAGUGAAUUGGAGCCAGAGUCGAUGGAGCAGGAAGUGCGUCUAUGAUCACUUCCUGUUUGGAAAAUGGUGGCUAGCAGGUUAGCUAUGUCCAUUUAUAUAAACAGUCUAUGGGGAUUACACAUCUUAAAUAAUAAUAUAUCUAUCGACAAAGCAAAGGAUGAAUAUUUAAAAAAGAUUAACUUAAUUUUUUACUUUUUAGCUGAUUUUAGCUGACAAAAAGACAAAUUCUAGAGACAGUGACAGUGCCCUCUGGUGGAAUAAAACAAUCUACCUGCCAUUUUGUGCUACGGUUUGCCAGUUUAUUCCAUAUAUCUUACUUCAUACAUUUGACGUCUUCUGUGCGUUUAUAAAAUGUUGAAAGUAGUAAAAAUACAUUUAAAAAAAGACACAUCGAUUGAGAGGGCGUGUCCAAACGUCUGACCGGUGGCGUAUAUAUAAAUAUAUGAAUAUAUUGUGUGAAUGUGUGCGAAUGUUGUUGUUUUUUUAAUACUCUGAAGCGUAUGCCCGGUUCUGCUCCUUUUUUUUUUGUUUUUCUUCAUCUUUAUCUUUAUAUUGAUAAGCUUGAUACGUGUUGCACUAUUGACAAAACACGGGAAAUCCAAUCGAUUCUGGCCCCUUUUAGGAUUACUGUGCAUUCCCAAUCCGAGCUGUAGCACUUAUCUCAUACAGUGGCAUUCCGGUUACGCCGUCGUAGCCUCAUAUCCAUCGAUAAAAACAACCACUAUCAGAUAUUUCCAAGAUGUCAGCAGCAGCAGAAGCAGAAGCAGCAGCACGUGUAUGUUGUUACACUUCACAAACCAACCAAACAAAGGCAGCGAAAGAACCGCUCUUCAACAUCGAGACUCACACCUCAGGAAUCAAUCCAGUUCUUUUGUUUUCGUUUCGCAGAGCUACACCACUGUCACGACAACAAUAAUACAGUCUACCUGCCAUUUUGUACUACAGUUUGCCAGUAACAUCCCAAUGUAAAUAGCCAAAACGAAAUAUAGCUCCCGAUCGACGAGUCUUAUUCUAUUCUAUUCUCUCGUUUCCCGCAGAUUCUAUCUAUGUAAAUGUAUCUUUCAGAGUUGUGUGUGAACUCAAAUACUAUUUCUACAUUCGAUAUAUUAACUGUUACAUCUUCAAUGAGUUGUUGUAUGAGGGAUCAGUGAAGUCAUGCCGAUGGACUGAGGUGCUCGUGACGUAAAAAAAAAUAUUGAGAAAAAAAUAAGAAUUUGCUUUCGGUGUCUGUUUCUAGGCAGCUGGGUUCUUCUAGUAGUGAUUCAGUAAUGAUGAUGAUUAUUAUUAUUAUUAUGGGGAAUUCUGUUUUUUUGAUGGCUGGCCAAAUGAGUGACACGUUUUUGUUUUUUUUUUGUUUUUUUUUUUCUUUCUUUGUAUUGUCAUGCCUCUCGUAUGAGCCACAAAGACUGUUUUUGAUGUUUACACUCCGAAAGUCAGGAAUUUUCAUACGUUCAUUUUAUAACCAGAUCUUGUUAGGUACUCAUAUACGACUAUAUUCUAUAUCACUGGUUAAUUUCUGCUCAAGAAUACGAAGAGAACCAUAAGAAUUUUUAACCUUUGAAAUGAAGCAUGUGAGUAUCGUCCACGUGUGUCUAAUCUGUAUAAAAAAGGACUAUAUGCCAUGUGUGUUCCGUUUUGAAUAAUCGUGCUUUUGCCUCCAGGUUGGUUCCAUUUCUGAUAGGACGACGCGUGUUCGGGGUGUUGUUGUUUCCUUGUUAUUUGCAUGAAGGAGACAUGACUGUGUCUUGCAGUUUUCCAGGUGAUGUGUAGUCAAUUGUACUGACAAUUAUGGUAGGCCCCUCCUCCUCUCACUCCCCCCCUCCUCCUUUUCUAAACAAACUCCAUUGUACUUUGAUGGCAUUGUAGUCCCUGUAGGUGUUUCAUUAUGGUUUUGAUUUUUUUUAAGUUGGAAAUAGUUCUAUGCCUCCUAUAUAGUGAUUUUUGUAACCUUCUAUAGUAAAACCGAUAUUUUUUAUUAUCGUGAAACUGGCGUC